AUGCACCACACCAGCAUCAAGUUCUUUCAGGCGCGCUGCGAGCUGAACAUGGCAUUUUGGCUCCCAGGGCGGGACGAGGACGGCCGGAGACCCCAUAAGGCCAGUGACCGGGACGCCAUCACCCCACGUGACCAGUGGAUGCGCAAGGUCGAGAUGGGGAAAUACAGGGGAACACCUGACGUCUUCUACUCGUUGUUCUUCCGCAACAUCACUCAGUGGAAGGAGUAUUGGGACGAGUGGGGAGGCUUCAAAUUAUUAGUGCUUCGGAACGCGUUGCUGAAGAUGCUCAAGGGCAAGGCCAAUUUCCAGGAAGGAGAACAGCGGCCAGUUGUCCAUCGUCGACAUCUACAAGCCGUUUUGCGCGAGCCCGGACUGCUUGAAAGGACAACAUUUGCGGCUAAAUCUUGUCUGGUGAAGGACGUGGAAUACGGGUGCAUCGAGUGUCCGGUUGGCUUUGAGAUUGAUCAGGUCCACCCAGCUUGUAACCCAUGGAACGAGACGUUGGCGGUCAAUAUGGAGCUGGUCGCCAAGGACUACAAUGAUGCUACCGUGAUCGCGUUGCCGUCACCGGAGGAUCGUUAUUGUGAAGAGUGGGCCCGCUGCGAGCUGAACAUGAACCUCUGGCGCCCGCGGGUGCAGGACCGAACACGCCGAAAGCGCCAAUUUGGUGAUGAUGACGACGACUCCGAUGAUGAUGAAGAUGACGUCGUCGCGCCACCCGUCGACGACAAACCGUACAUCGAAGUUGACGACCGCGAAUGGGAGGAUGUUCCGCAUCCGCACGGCGAGGUCAACCGCAUCGUCAACGAUGAGAAUUAUUUCCACGCGCCAGGCUUCUUCUACUCCAAGUUUUUCCGUAGCCUCGACGAAUGGAAGGUCUACUGGGACGAUAAAGAGGAAGAUGGCAGGAAGAAGACGAACAUCUUCGGACCAUUCUGCGUGAGCGAAGAUUGUAUGGAAAAUUGUGAGGCCGAAACGGAUUUCGAGGUUUUUCUGCUGCAUUGGCACCUACGCGACUACGGAAACCAAGCCACCAUCGUGUGUCCCGUGUCUACAUCCGCAUCUUUGCUCUCAAUG